GUUUAGUUUGGUUACGAAAGCGCGCGAGUUCGGUUCGAUUCAACCGCGCGGGAUAACCGCGAAACGUGUUUGAUUUCUCGUCUGGAGGCGUAGGGGACAAUAUACUGUCCAUUCGCAGUCCAUUUCAGCGGCUUAUGGCGAGUGCCAGUGCAUGGAUUAACUUUUUUUUCGGGAGCAGAUUAGACUGCUGUCAAGUCAAGUGAUAUACAUCUCGCUGCAUGAUGAAGGCAGCUAAGUUCUAGGCAAGCUGUCGCGAGCCGAGUGUUUAUGAAUAAAUUGGCUCCUGGUUCGAUUCUCAGGUUCUUUCUUAUCAAGGAUCAGUGUUAAUUGGAACGAAUGAAAAGUAAUUCUCCUGGGAAGGAUUAGUUGGACAUUUGUGUGAGUGGUCUAAUCCAAUUCGGUCAGUGCCCCAAACAGAGUGAAAAUGGUCGACUAUCAAUUGAAUAACUCGCUGGCCGAGUUUCUGGUGCUGGCCUCUGUGCCAAGUGAUUCGAACAAUGGGAGUCUAAUCGACGAUCAAGCCGCUGGAAACCUUACGAAGGAAGUCACACGCUCACUGAUCAGGCCCAGCUAUUACAUCAUAGUGAUAGCACUGUCAUACCUCUUUGGAUGCGUCGGAAAUCUGAUAGCGCUAAUCUAUCUAUGGAACAGGAAGAACGUCCGGAAUACUAAACAUUCCCUUAUGCUAAAAUGUUUACUCACAAACGACCUAAUUGGAUUGACGGGCAUGUUCGUUCAGAUGUACUUGCAUCGGUACCUGCCGAAGGAGAUCGUCGACGCCAACAUGCACAAUUUUUGCAUCUUCCGGGUAAUUUGGCGCGUGUUCGGGAUCAGUUCCGGCUGUGUCGCGUUCGUCAUGGCUCUGGAGCGUUACAUCGCACUCACGAAGCCGUUCUUCUAUCAUAAGCAUGUGUCCGAUAAAAUGAUAAGGAGAUCGAUAUUUCUGCUCUGGGCGGUAGGAGCAUUCUUCACGUUCCUUCCUUUGUUCGGUUUCGGGAUCUACUACGACGAAAGGAAGCAGACGUGCAUCCGAUAUCGGGACGCCACCGACCCCACCCACGUCGCCUACGCCUAUCUCUUCUUCAGUGUCGGAAUAAUCCUGUGCACUGGAAUCGUAAUAUGCAAUCUGAGCGUCCGUAAGGUGCUGUAUCAGUCUCACCACAAGAUGCGUCGACAAUUUCGCUCAAUCCAACCGAUGCCGAUGGUAGAACGACCAACUCUACGCAACUCGCAGAAAUCGGCCAGCUUUACCGAUUCGUCCAUCUUCCGGAUGGUUGGCGAACCAACGACGGAGGAAAUACGCUUUGCCAAACUGAUGACAUUCCUCAGCAUCAGUUUCCUCGCCUGUUGGCUUCCACAGAUGGUUUCGAUCCUUUUGGCUCAGUUGUUGAAACCUGAAGUGAAAGCACGAUUCACUUGGUUCUUCGCCCUAUCCGACAUACUAAUUCUGCUGCACUUCAUGCUCGAUCCCUACAUCUACGUGCUGCUGAGGCAAAGUGGCCGCAGCGAUUUGCGAACCAUGAUCCGGUACGUGUUCAGCCGGAGUCAGUUCAACAUCAUGGACACGGCCAUGACGCCCAUUCAGAAAAUUCAGACCAACUCGUCGCCUCUGCCCUAAACCAAACCGAAAACCAAACUAACGAACCCAAGAAUGACUUCUCACACCACCUCCAACCAAACCCAAGUACGCUUGUUUUAUACCCUUGUCUCCCUUAUCCUAGGUUGGCGUGGCCAGCGCGUAAAGCUCCCGCGAGGGACAAAGGACGAGAUACGGUUACAACGACGGAUACGAGUGACUGAGAAAGGGGGUCUCGACGGAAAUGUGAUGUUGUGUUGUAGCUUAGAAAAAGCAUAUCUCCAUACCAGAAUACACUCAAGCACACACAAAGUUACUCAGGAAUUAUAACGGGAUGUUCCUGGAGGCGGAUUGCAAAUUUAUCAUUUGGUCAAAGUUCAAAUUAAAAGUACGUAACAAACCAAGUUUGGAUGUGAUCGAAUGUUGUAGAACAACAUACAUUAUGUUACCAUAUUAAGAGAAAUAUAUUAUA